CAUCAGAAAUAAUGGUGAACUGAUCCCCUCGCAACAGAAGGGAGUUCGCCUUUGCGUUCUUUGCAAGAGAACAAUUUUGUAACGGCAGCGGACCCCAGCGAGCGCUGAAUGUCUCUCCGGCCUUGCCGCCGGUGUCCCCUACUUCACCCCACGCGCCCGUCCCUCCCUGCCUCCCUCCAGUGAGUCUGUGGUCGCGUGGUUAUGACGUCAGCGGAAAAGCAGGGGCGCUCUUUGUUCGGCUCGGCUGCUCCGCGGCGAGAGUAGCACCAUGGCAUGCCGUUCCUGCACGCCUCCCAUUAAAGAAACGCUCGCAGCUCUAGUCGUGUCGGGACACGCUGCUCCGAGAGACGCUUGACUGCGGCACUUGUGGCCGUUUGCAGCUGAGCCACGAAGUAGAAGCGCGAGGUUUUUCCUCAGAACAGACUGAGAGGCGCGUUCGCAUCGCCGCGGCGCGGCACUCCACUCCAUCGCCGGUCGUCGCGCCAGCACGCAUCGCAGCCUGCCUGCGAGGCACCUCCGAGCCCCGGUCCCGAGUCCGUCUGUGACCCGGCGUCAUGGCUCAUUGCAAAGAGUUUAAAAAGGAGCCGAACGCAGCAGCGUCGGGUUCCGUGGUGUCGGACCCGCAGCACUCCCGCAAGCUGCUGCGAGCCCUGCGCUCCUUCUGGCAGGAGCAGUGCUUCCAGGACGCCGUGCUGGUGCUGGACGGAGAGGAGAUCCCGGUCCAGAAGAACGUGGUGGCCGCGGCGAGCCCGUACAUCAGGACGAAGCUAAACUACAACCCCCCCAAGGAGGAUGGCUCGGUGUAUGCCAUCGAGCUGCAAGGCAUCUCUGUACCCACCAUGAAGCAGAUCCUAGACUACAUCUUCAGUGGAGAGAUCACCCUGAGCGAAGACACUAUUCAGGACGUGGUUCAGGCCUCUGACCUCCUGCUCAUGACCGAUCUCAAGUCUUUGUGCAGCCAGUUUCUGGAGAGCUGCAUCACAGCCGAGAACUGCGUGGGGAUCCGCCUCUUCUCUUUGCACUACUGCUUGCACCACGUUCACCAUGUGGCCACCGACUUCCUUCAAACACACUUCCGUGACGUGGCAACCACCGAGGAGUUCUUGGAGCUGCCACCGGACCGCCUCUGCGAGAUCCUGGCCAUGGAGAAGCUCAACGUGGGCAAUGAGAGGCACGUGCUGGAGGCCGUGGUGCGCUGGCUUGCCCAUGACCCAGAGGCACGGCGGGUGCACAUGAAGGAAGUGAUGUCGUCGGUGUGGGUACAGGGGCUCGACAAAGGUUACCUGCAGGAGCAGAUGCUGGGGGAGCCCAUGAUGAGGGAAGUGAUCCGGGAGUGCUGCCACGACCAGCUGCUCAGGGUCCCCCAGCAAGGCGAAGCGCUGCUGGCCUCCUUCAAGCCCCGCGGAUAUUCUGAGUGCAUUAUCAUCGUAGGGGGAGAGAACCGGGCCAGCACCCGCAAACCUUGUGCGACGACGCGCUGCAUGUGCCCGCUGUACGACCCCAGCCGGCAGCUGUGGAUCGAGCUGUCGCCCAUGAGCGUGGGCCGCACCGGGCACGGCGUAGUGGCUGCAGAGGGCUACCUGUUUGUGGUGGGCGGAAUGGAUGAGAACAAGACUGUCCUGAGCAGUGGGGAAAGAUACGACCCUGACACAAACACCUGGAGCGCCAUCCCCCCGAUGAGGCAGGCUCGGCAGAACUUUGGCAUUGCAGAGAUUGAUGGCUUGAUCUACGUGUUAGGCGGGGAGGAUGGAGAGACCGAGCUCCUCACCAUGGAAGUAUACGACCCACACAUCAAAGCCUGGAGCACACAGGCCAGCAUGACCAUGCUGCGCAAGAUUGGCUGCUAUGCAACCAUGAACAAGAAGAUUUAUGCCAUGGGUGGUGGCUCCUAUGGGAAGUUGUACGAUUCAGUGGAGUGCUAUGACCCUAAGACCCAGCAAUGGACUGCUCUCUGCCCCCUGAAUGAACGGAGGUUUGGAGCAGUCGCAUGUGGUGUGGGACAGGAGCUCUAUGUGUUCGGAGGAGUAAGGAGUCGGGAAUCUGACAACCCAGAGUCCAGCCAAAUGACCACCUGCAAAUCCGAGUUCUACCAUGAGGAGCUGAAAAGAUGGAUGUUUCUAGAUGAUCAGAACCUCUGUGCUCCAACAAGCUCCUCCUUUGUGUAUGGAGCCGUUCCUAUCGGUGCAAGCAUUUACGUGGUGGGAGAUUUGGACACUGGCACGAGCUACGACUACGUUCGGGAGUUCCGCCGCAGCUCGGGAACCUGGCACCGCACACGGCCCAUGCUGCCCUCUGACCUGUGCAGGACCGCCUGUGCUGCACUGCGCAUCGCCAACUGCAAGCUGUUCCGCCUGCAGCUGCAGCAGGGCAUGUUCCGCAUCCGCGUUCCCUCCACAUAGGGAGCCCCUCAAGCAUCCUCGAAGCCAAUACCCCGAUACGUUGCGGUCUCUCCUCUGUGACCGCAAGAGCAGGUUGUUCUGUUAUGCAAGGAGGUGUGAGGUACAUUUUGGACCUAAAGAUGGGACCUUUCAGCUGAUUUUAAAUAGGUUUUACUAUGCUAUAUAGUGGUUUUACUAUAGUUGGGCCUCGGGAGGAUCUAUCAGCAAGUGCUCUUUUCUGCUUAUCUACAUGUGGAAUAUACUCAUUAUCCAGGAUUGGACAUAGAAUAUAAUGGAACAAAACAAUGAAGGGUUCUUAUUAAUGCCUGAUUUUCAUUUGAGACACUAACUCAUUUUUAACACUUUUUUUAACUUGUUUAUUUACAUUCUCAGUGGCACAAUGAUUUUGGUAGUUGCUUUAUAAGGAUUAUUUGCAAUUUUUGGAGAAAUAUCAAAGUAUUAAAGAUGCAUAUUUUUUAUUUAACUGUAAAACUUGAAGCCCAACUGUGGCUUUUUCUUUAACAAUGUUUGGAAAUCAUUGUAAUUAUUGUUGGGAUCAUAAGGUCAUGGGAUGUAAUUUUGACCGCACAUUUUUAUUGCUUAGUCGGAGCUCUUUUGAAUGUAGUAUGUUCAGUGUGUCAAAGUUGCUGCAGUCGUUUCACACGUCAGUUGUACUGCACACAGCCCACACACCAUGUAGGUCACAGCAUAAUAAUAAUAAUAGACUACAGUAACGAAAGAAUGUGCCAUAUAGCAGGGUUUCCCACGUAGCGGGGGGUCCGGCGCUCGGUUGCAGCAGGCUCACUGCUUGGUCUUGACAAUCCAUGCCAAAUAAGUUCUAUGUCAUCAGAAUAUAUGGGCUGGUAUAAAAUUAGUUAGUAAUAUCUGUAGGAAAUGCAGUACUCCUAAGGGCAAACAUGCACUAAGCCAUAACAUACAGUCUCUACAUUGCGUGGCAGUUUAACAUUGGUUUAGUAUAUCGUUAAAUGAGAUCUCAUUUUGGAAAUGUCAGCCCUAAGUUUUGUGUAAUGGAGCACAUAUUGAAGAUAGCUUCAAUAAUUUGACAUGUGGACUGUAGACAUUGCCAUACAAAGCACAUGGUGUACAUAGUCACCCACCAGGUAUGUCUCCUAGACAGCUAUAAAUAUACAUCCAUGGUUCCUUGUCACGAGAUUGUAGCACAUGAGAGGGCCGUGGGCUUUGCUAUGAAAACAGCAUAUAUGGCAUUUUAGAGAAUGCAGUGAGAAAUGGGCUUCUACUAGAGAAAUGUCUACUUGUCAAUCCACACAAAAACUGAUUAAACAUGAAUUAAUCCUAAAUCUGUAAGCGAGUUUUUUUCUGUUAACUGACAAGAGCACUUAAACAUAAAGACAAACACUACCCUGAGAAACAGCAAAUAUACCAUAUAAGACAAGGGCAAAAGACUACAUGAUUUCAAAGGUGAUCAUAUACUACUUUUUAAGAGGUACACAAUCCAAAGAGGGGUCCAGAUGCUCCAGAAUUCAUCUGAAUUAUCAUAUAUACAUUAGUUUUUCUAGCAAGAAUAAGCUAACCUCUUUAGUCAUCCCAAUACAAACAAUUAGAGGGAACUUUGGGGGUAAACCUGAAAAAUAAUUAUUCACUUAAAUAGAGCCUGAAAAGAGCAAGCUGUUACAUGCUGUAAAAAGACAUUGCAAACAGUAAAUUUUAAGUUUUAAUAUCAUGCAUUGUUCUAAAAAUGAACCCAAUUUCUUUUUGCAUGACACUGCCCUUUUUAAACCUGA